CGAGUCUGCCGUGGUGUCUGCAAGUAUGCUGGUGGAAGACCUAAUCAACUUAGUUCGAGAGCGCCCUGCUAUUUAUGAUCCCAGUGACCCCAACCACCGGGAUCGUGAUGUCAUUGCUUCCCUAUGGAAGGAGGUUGCUGCUGCAUUGUCGUGUACAGAACCCGAAUGUAAGGACAAAUGGCGCCACCUAAGAAGCAAUUUUAUGAAGGAAAGAAGAAAGAAUAGUGAAAAACCAUCUGGAUCAGGUAAUACACAGGCAAGGAGGUGGGUGUACUACGAUGCCAUGCAAUUUCUGAUCCCUUAUGUGACGCCACGACCAACAUCUUCAAACGUCCCUCAACCUCCUGAUGAAGACACCUGUCAUGAAACGGAAGAUGCAGAUCAAGAUUCUUCACUUUCUGCUGUCAUCGAAGCAUCAGAAAAUGCAUCUCCUCAAGAGGCUGCCAGUAACGUCGAAACUUGUGAGGAUCGCAGCAAUGGCAAGCCUAUUCUUCCCAAAUCAAAGAAGCCUUGUAUCGCAAAAAAACAUAGCAAGGCCAGUGCAGAUGAGAUGGAUUUGGUUUUCUUAGACGAACUAAAACAACUGAGAGGACAAGCGUCGUCACAAAAUGAUAAUGACGGAGAUCGCCAGUUUUUGUUAAGCCUGCUGCCUAUGAUGAAACAACUGGCGCCAAUUGACAACAUGGACAUAAGAAUUGAAAUAUAUGAAGCGUUUCGUAGGAAGAUGUUCAAGCCCGCACCCUCUGUCCAGUAUGGGUACUGGACUGAACAUAAUCAAUCACAUACACCAACACCGUCACCAGGUACAUCCCAUGCAAGUGACAACUACGUACAGAAUAAUGACCAGUUUUUUAACCUCUGAGAAGUAAUUUAGAUGAUCAUGUUUCACUCACCAUCAGGAAUGCAUUACUGCCAUCAGCUCACUAAUUUACUAUUGCCGUACGUGUAAUGAUUUUUGUAAUGUUCAAUAAAAAUACCUCUUACCUUAAAAAAAUGGCCAUUCUUUCUUCCGUUCCUAUUGCACGCCUGUAGUUAGUGUUGAUUUUCCUAAUGGAAGGUCCAACCAACUCCACCAGCUUCUUGAAGUUUUCAUUUGUCAUCCUAAAAAAGUUGUAAAAUUUUUCUGGAUGGUUUACCAGGUCUGGGAAUAAAUGACUGAAGCUACCGAAAUCUGGCCUCCUGGUGUUCAGAUGAUGCAUCCAGAUUCGAGUUUUAUUUUUACGUCUGCGACGACGAAGCCAGAGCAAUGCAGUUACUACAGCAAGAGAAUAUGCGUCCAUUCUCCCUGAAAUCAAAUGGGUCACUGUGUAGUGACUUGACUCGGGUUGACGCAUUCGGUGUAAACGGAGAUACGUCGAAAUGAAUCGCUUCAAAUGACUUGAUGCGACUCGACUCGACGCGACUCGC